CACAUCUCUCUUUUUCUACAUCUCAAAAUUUUCCAUUUCUUAUAAUCUCACAACAUCUUCUCAGAGAAAACAAAAAUCUCAGUCACUGAACACAACGCACGAGUCACGAGGUAGAAGAAGAAGAAGCAAGAUGAUAAACGGCUGGAGAAGAGCCUUUUGCACUUCCAUACCGAAAGAGAGAAACGACAACGACGAUAACGACGACGGAGUUCUUGAUUCACCGGAGAAUCAACGUUUCCGCCACAAAUCCGCCUCAAAGUUCGGAUUUUUCUCAACUCCGUCGACGCCUCGUUCCGUUUCCGGCACCUACAGCCUUCGUUGUCGGACUUCGCUAUCCACCGCCGUCUCCACCGCUUCUCCGUCUCCGUCUCUUCCCGGAACUCCGAAGCUAAAGUGCAGAACAACCUCCGCAGAAACAACUCCAAUCACAACGCCGACGAGAAACAGAAGCCUCGUCUCCUCUUCCCCCAAAUCUCCGGCGAGUUUCUCCCUCUUCACGUCCAAGCUCAGAUUCAAUAAAAGUAGCAACAAAUGCGGAAUCUGUUUACAGAGUGUGAAAUCAGGCCAAGGUACGGCGAUUUUCACGGCGGCGUGUUCACACACGUUUCAUUUUCCCUGCGUUACCUCACGCGCCGCCGCAGAACAUAACCGGCUCGUCUGUUGUCCGGUUUGCGGAUCCUCGCUGUUUCCCGAGAUUGGAAAUUACACUAAACCGGAUUCUCGAACCGAGCUUGGGAACAAGUCGUUGAGAGUCUACAACGACGACGAGCCUUUGAUUUCCUCUCCGAUUUCUCCCGCCGGUUUUUACACAAUACUCGAAUCCGAUGAAAACGAAGACGGCGAGUUCAGUGAAUUUUCCGUUAUAACGCCGUCACCACUAACGGCGAAACUGUUAACAGAUCCUACAUCGAGAAACGUGGAGGUAAAGCUCUCGCCGGAAUCGGCGAUCGUUGCGGCGGGGAGAGGUUACGAGACGUACUCCGUGGUCAUGAAGGUGAAAUCACCGCCGUUUCCGACGGCGCGUGGAGCGGCGCGUAGAUCGCCGGUGGAUUUGGUAACGGUUUUAGACGUGAGCGGGAGAGAUUCCGGAGGUAAAUUAGAAUCGCUGAAGCGAACGAUGAGGCUUGUGAUUUCGAAUCUAAGAGAGACGGAUCGUUUAUCGAUCGUCGCGUUUUCGUCGAGCUCGAAACGAUUAUUGCCGUUACGGAGGAUGACGGCGAGCGGGAGGAGAUCGGCCCGGCGACUCGUUGAUAUCAUUGCCGUUCCCGGCUCCGGCACCGGAAUCGCUUGCUCCGGUGAAGGAAUGAGCGCGAACGACGCGUUGAAGAAAGCGGUUAAGGUGUUAGAAGAUCGCCGGCAGAAAAACCCCUUCACCACCGUCUUUGUUUUAACUGGCCGUCGGGCCCAUCAGGCCCAAUUGGCCCAUUCUAGAAUCCCCGUUAUAUGGCUCGGAGCGUGGGAUCACGCGCUUCCGGAGGACGCGUUUGCGAGCAGCAUCAACGGUUAUUUGAGUUUGUCUGUUCAGGAUCUUACGAUAAACCUCGGGUUAGUUUCCGGGUCGGGUCAGGGAGAGAUUACUUCCAUGUACUCUCUUUCGGGUCGACCUGCUUGGCUUGGAACCGGUUCAAUCCGGUUAGGUGAUAUGUACGCUGAGGAAGAGAGAGCCUUGCUUGUGGAAAUCAGAGCACCGGUUAGUUCUUCAUCCACUAGUAGGUCCCACAGAAUGAUGACCGUUCGAUCUCGUUACAUGGACCCCACGACACAAGAAAUAAGAAACCCGGAAGAUCGGGCGCUUCUGAUUCCUUCCCCUCUCACCGUUCGAUCAUCGUCCAACCCAAACAUCUCACGGCUCAGAAAUCUCCACGUCAGCACUCGAGCCGUCGCGGAGUCUCGGCGGCUGAUAGAGCGAAACGAUUACACCGGAGCUCAGAGAUUGCUGACGUCAGCAAGGGCCUUGCUGGUGCAGUACGGUUUGAACUCGAGUGAUACGUGCUUACGUGGCAUAGACGCCGAGCUAGCAGAUCUUAACGGUUUGAGAGAAAGACACGUGGCGACAACGGAGAGUUUGGAGCCGCUUACUCCGACGUCGGCUUGGAAAGCGGCGGAGAGGUUGGCUAAAGUGGCGAUGGUGAGGAAACAUAUGAACAGAGUCAGCGACUUGCAUGGGUUCGAAAACGCUAGAUUUUAGUUUCCUUUUUAUUUGCCUGUUUUAUAAAAGUUUCCUUAAUUAGGCUAUAGAACUUGUGUAAUGAUCUGAUGAUACAAACAAAUAUAGAAUGGUGCAUAAUGAAGUUAUAUUUGGUCAAGUGAUGACAA